GUUCCUACCACAUUCUCAUCCUUUGUGAUAAUGUCGGCUGAGUAUGAAGAUAGACCUCCCAGAGACAAUGGCCCAGAGGGCAUGGAGCCAGAUGGUAUCAUUGAGAGCAACUGGAAUGAGAUCGUGGACAGUUUUGAUGAGAUGAACCUGGGCGAGAAGCUGCUCAGGGGAAUCUAUGCCUAUGGUUUUGAGAAACCCUCCGCUAUCCAGCAGAGGGCUAUCCUCCCUUGUAUCAAGGGUUAUGAUGUAAUUGCACAGGCUCAGUCUGGUACUGGGAAGACUGCGACCUUUGCCAUCUCCAUCCUGCAGCAGAUUGAUAUGGAGCUGAAGGGCACACAGGCCCUGGUCUUGGCCCCCACCAGAGAGUUGGCUCAGCAGAUCCAGAAGGUUAUCUUGGCCCUGGGUGACUACAUGGGAGCCUCCUGUCAUGCCUGUAUCGGAGGGACCAACGUCCGUAACGAGGUCACCAAGCUGCAGGCUGAGGCCCCUCACAUAGUGGUGGGGACCCCUGGUCGCGUGUUUGAUAUGUUGAACCGCAAAUACCUGGCCUCCAAGAACAUCAAGAUGUUUGUGCUGGAUGAGGCUGAUGAGAUGUUGAGUCGUGGUUUCAAAGACCAGAUCUACGAGAUCUUCCAGAAGCUCCCCACCAGCACGCAGGUGGUGCUGUUGUCUGCUACCAUGCCCCAGGAUGUCCUGGAGGUCACCAAGAAGUUCAUGCGUGAGCCAAUCCGCAUCCUAGUCAAGAAGGAGGAGCUUACCCUGGAGGGUAUCCGACAGUUCUACAUAAAUGUGGAGAAAGAGGAGUGGAAGCUUGACACCCUGUGUGAUCUCUAUGAGACCCUGACAAUCACCCAGGCUGUGAUCUUCAUCAAUACUAGGAGGAAGGUGGACUGGCUCACUGAGAAGAUGCAUGCCAGGGAUUUUACUGUGUCCGCUCUGCACGGAGACAUGGACCAGAAGGAGAGGGACUUGAUCAUGAGGGAGUUCCGUUCAGGCUCCAGCAGGGUUCUCAUCACCACUGACCUGCUGGCCAGAGGUAUUGAUGUCCAGCAGGUGUCCCUGGUCAUCAACUAUGAUCUGCCCACCAAUAGGGAGAACUACAUCCACAGGAUUGGUCGAGGGGGUCGUUUUGGCCGCAAGGGAGUUGCCAUCAACAUGGUGACUGAGGAGGACAAGCGCACGCUGAGGGACAUCGAGACGUUCUACAACACCACUGUUGAGGAGAUGCCCAUGAACGUGGCUGACCUCAUCUAGAUUCUGGAAGAUUUCCUUCUGCCCCGUCCCAAACCUUCUGUCCCCUCUCUCCAAUCCCAUUGGCUUCAACAACAAAAAAACUCCAAUCAGUUAAAAUGACGAUCACUCAGAUCCUGGAGCCCUCCCCCUCUUGACCUGAAUUCCAAUCCUAUUUCACCUUUUGAUUCCUAUUCUUGUGAUUGCAUACCGACUGGUAUUCAAACUCAUUACAAAUGAUUUUACUCUUACACUGGGGGUUUUGUCUUGUCUUCAUAGCCCUUUACGGUAUUCUGGUCAGGUAAGUAUAGAAUAGCUUAAGUUCUACCACACCCACACCGCUUUCCAAAGUCAAAAAUGCAUUGUCGAUGGGGUUCUUUGGUUUUUAAACCCCUGACUCCCUGAGAUGGUUCUAAAUGAUUGGGUGCCCAAGCACUAAAGACUGAAGUUUAGAACUGAUACUGGGUGAUAAGUUUUAACUCCCCGGAGUUUGAUAGAGGGCACACAUGCAUCUUUGCUGUAGUGGCUUUUGUGCAUUUUAGUUAUUUAGCAGAUGCUCUUAUCCAGAGUGUCUUACAGGAGCAAUUUCUGUUAAGUGCCUUGCUCAAGGGCAUAUUUUUCAGUUGUUUGGGUUUCGGGCCAGUAAUCUAACGGUUGCUGGUAACGCUCUUACCCACUAGGCUACCUGCCAUCUGUGCCCUCUAUUUAACUUCAUGGACUGACCUGACCACCUUAGGUGUGGUCUACUCUUUACCCCCAAUUGAAUCAACUUAAUGGCAUUUGUGUAAUGUUGGGAAGUGACUAGCUUUUAGUUAGGGUGACUCUCUGGCUGCAUCUGACACUGCACCCUAUUCCCUAUAUACACUGCACUAUGUAGGCUACAGGGUGCAAUUUUGGACGUGACCUCACUAUUGUGACGUGCUUCAUUGAUCUUCAGUCAGUAGGUGUUAAUAGUUACGUGUGAUUAUAACAUUACUAUUGCCCUUUUGGGGGGGAUCUUGGAGAAGUUAUAACUACCAGAAUAGUACUUCAGAAAAGACUACAAUGUAUCCAACUCGUUUUGGGAGGUGUGUUUUAAAGGGGUUCAAGGAGCAGCAUCAACAAAUAAAAAAUAAAAUGUAGAGAAGUGAUCAUGAAUGAGUAUGAAAUGUUUCCUGAUCUGAUCUGCUGUGUGAUUCUCUUGUUUAUACUUUCUUUAUCCUUUUGUAUAGUCCGACGUUUAGCAUUAUUUUAGUUUGAAGCCUGCCGUGUAUUGCUGGGGUGACAGGGCGACUGCUGCUCAAGGAAGAAAUGUGACAUUCCAAGUUUUCCCAAAAAUUCCCAGAUUUUCCACCAAUCGCGGUGGAAGGGUUCUGCAGCCCUACAGAGAUCCAGCUAUGCCUUGUUUCCAAUUGUCACAAACCCGGUUGUGAGGAUUAUACAUUUCACAGGCUAUUUCCUUCAGUUUAUAAUUUUCUUUCCAGAAAGAUUCGUUUUGAAAGGGUCACACUUUUGUAACCUACCUCACCAAACUGUUGGAGAGGUCUUUAUACGAAGGACCAACUUACAAAUGAGGGCGACUGUCUUUUAUUUUUUCGUUUGAUAAAAUUGCCUGUCACUGGGUGGGCGGGGAAAGGAAUGUGCAGAGUUAUUGCUUGGUCAGUGCUAUUUUUUAACUGAAUUUAUUAAAGGAAAUGUGAUUGUCAACAUUUUUUGAGACGGGAGCCGUGUACCAAAUUUUCUACAUUGGGUUCUGUAUAGUAUUUAUUUUAAUGGUCUUAAAUAAAAUAAAGGUCUUUCUCCUUUUUAACAAGAA